AAAAAGGGCGACUAGUAAAAUGUUUGCAUAAAAGUAAAUUACAUCAAGUUCGGACAUUCUGAAUACUAUCGGGAGACGUAUCUAACCCCGUGAAAUACACUGGACAGACUGUGUUAGUUGGCCCGGAGGGAUAAUGCUGCGCCUUAAUUCCGGAUAAAACGCACAAGCUCAUCAUUGCCGUAACAGCCACCUCACUAUUGGACAGUGGCUCGCUUACUUUGAACGUUCCCUUGUGAUCUCACAUACUUCAGGUACAGACGGGUGUGAGUACAGGGGAGACACAGAGAAUACGAGAGAGAGGUCCACUUCCUCAGGAGUCCGUUUUGAUCCGUAGUACCUUCGUCUUUUUGGGAAUCUACAGCUUUUCCUAUUUUGGUUGACUGUAGUAAUUCUGCAACUGAAUUGCAUUCGUGUAUUCUUUUCACAUUUCGACUGAUGUGGCUUUUGUGAACUAGAACCCGUUGAAGAAUAAUUCUGGAAUUGGCACAAUGAGUGAAAAGCCGUCCGACAACUUAUUUGCGAAUAAAGUGGAUGGGGAAUAGCCUGGACAAUAUUUCUCCAGGAUUAUUAACUAUACACUGCGAUAAGUAUACACUUUCUUUUUCUGGGACCGCCUUUCUACAACAUAUUUCGUUUUUCUUUCCAAUUAAAAACAUUUUCUACUGGAUUUAUUACGAACGAGAUACGCGGCGGACCUGUAACGGUAGUGAUUAGCGCAGUUCCCGAAGUAGCGCGUUAUUCACCGACUCCUUUGGAUUCUAUUACCCGAGGCAAAGCUGCUCCCUAUCCGGACACACAAGAUGUUGACCGCGCACACCAGUCACCUGCUUCACCAUCCGGACUACAUGCAACCCUUACAAUCUGCACCAGUGAGCAUUGAGCUUGAUGCCAAGAAGAGUCCGCUUGCGCUGCUGGCCCAGACCUGCUCCCAGAUCGGCAAGCCUGACCCUCCUCCCUCCUCCAAGCUAGGCUCAGUCUCCAACAGCCACACCGACAAGGAGCAUAACGGACGCUCUUCUUCGUCCUCCUCCUCCAGUCAUAAACUGGGGGAACACCGGCCCUCACCGGAGGACAAGUCCAGCUUUAAGCCAUAUACUAAAGUCGGAGGGGACGGUCGGAGGGACGGGGUUAAUAGCUCUAACAGCUCUGAUAAGGCCGGGUUCAGGGUACCGAGUAACGGGAACGGAGGUGCUAACAGUAACUCAGGCUCUUGCCCGUCUUUUCCGUCUCAUGCCAUCUCUCCUGACUUGGGUAGUGGCGCGACGUCCCAACACGCACAGCAGCUGCUCCAGACACACAGACAGAGCCAGUCGCCUCACGGGCACCAAGGUUCCCUCGCCAAGACUCUGAACGGAGAACACAAACAGGAAAUUAGCAGUCCACACAGGAACACUAACAGUAGCCGAAACAGUAGUGGCGGCCAUCUUAAGAAGGAGUCAGACGUGAAUAGGGCCGGCCUGGACAGUCCCCAGUUGGCUAACUCCAGCCACACCAGAGCCAGCACCAACUCUAGCACGGGCAGCUCCGAGGGAAGCCCCAGCCACGACGGGGGCAAGGUAGACUCCCAACCACCACAACUGGGCCUGGGCCCCGGACACAUUGCUCCCAUCUCUCCUUAUAAGACCGGCCACUCUGUCUUCCCCUUGUCCUCCUCCAGUAUAGGCUACCAUGGCUCUGUGGUAGGGGCCUACGCUGGGUACCCCUCCCAGUUUGUUCCAGGGUUGGACCCUACAAAGUCUGGUCUCGGAGCCGGGGGAGUAGGUUUACCAGGAAAACACCCCAGUUCCAGCCCUUUGGCUGGCACCUCCCCCCCUUCCUUCAUGCAGGGCUUGUGCCGGGAUCCAUACUGCCUCAGCUACCCCAAUGCGCCACACCUGGGGGGCAGCAACCCCUGUGUGCACGACCCCUCCUCCGCCCUUAAAUCAGGCUACCCGGGUUUGGUGUACCCCUCCCACCACCUCCACUCCCUUCACCCCAGCACCAUGUCUUCCAGCAUCACCCCUACCCUGUCCCACCCCCUCUACACGUAUGGCUUCAUGCUCUCCAAUGACCCCAUGCCGCAUGCCUGUAACUGGGUGUCAGCUGGGGGGCCCUGUGAUAAACGCUUCCCCACCUCGGAAGAGCUGCUGGCCCACCUGCGUACACACACCUCCAUACCCGGAGGGAUAGACAGCAAGCUCCUUUCUGCCUAUCCCAGUGUUUCCUCUGCCUCGGCUGCCUCCUGCCACCUCCACCUCCCCCACUCUAGCCAAACCUCGCUGCAGAACUCCUUCUCCCUCAGGUCUCCCCAUACCAUGGGUCUGGCCCGGUACCAUCCUUAUGGUAAGGUCCACCUGCCCUCCGGACCUACCUCCAUCCCCUUGCACUCCCUCCAGACAGGUUCUCCUUACUACCCCCACUACACCCUCUAUAGCCAGAGACUGGGCUCAGCGUCUGCCUUGGGCUACCAGUGAUACACCAUCUCCAUCCAUCCACACUGUCUACAGUGUUGCUCUUAGCAUUAAUAAGCCAAGGUGGCUCCCCUAUUCCUUUACGCCUAGCUCUGCUGCCCCCUGUCUAAAAGUGACGGAAGCCUGUGGAUUCAAUUGAUUUUAAUAGCAAUGUUAAGGUAGCCCUGGAUGGAGGUCGUUUCAGGGGCCUCUGCGGGAAGGACAUCCCACCCGUUGGGGAGGAAUCACUACUGCUCCAUACCAAAGCAGGACCUACCGUAUGGAGGAACCAGGAAGGUGGCUGGAUGCUUGCAUGUCUGCACACUGCUAGGAUACUGCAUUUCCUGUACAAGAAAAUUAGACCGGACCAGUGUACAUUGUGCUAUGCUAAGUUGUGACAGCACCACAGAGCGGGCCGGUUGGUGGCUGAUACCGUAGCUGUUGCUAGGAUUCUAUAAUGCCUUUUGGAUUUCCUGAUCUCAAACUGGGACUAGUGACUGCAGUGGAAAGACAGAGCCAGCGGAAUGGUGAUGGCCCUAACCUUUAGCACUGUGGGGAGGUCAGGGGAAACCGUGGAGAAGUGGAGAGCCAGAUGCAUGCUAGCUUGACCCUCAGUGUGUGUGCGUUUAGCUCACUAAUGAUUUGUUUCAGCUUCAUACAUUUACAUCUUUGACCGAAAAGAGAAAUGUAUUUAUGUUUUACUGAGCCCUUAACUACAAGUUUAAUAUCCUAUAAAUUGUAUUCUAAUUUUAUUUCAUAUUGUUGUCCUUAUGUUGCAGUUAUACAGCUCUGUCAUUUUUAUCUGUUAUGAACAAGAUUUGUUUAGAUAUGAUAAAAACAAUCAUUUGUUCAUGAAAGUAUUUUUUUCGCUCCUUAUGAAGUAUCCUUUUUCCUAUUCUCUGAAUGAAUGUCACAUAUCUCUCUGGUUUCUUCAUUGUUGUUUGUACAGCAGAUUAAUAGUGAAUGAUGUGAGAUGUAAUAUUUUUUAAGUAUUUGGGUGAAUGACCUGGGUAUAAGGUAGGGAUACAGACCCAAACAGAGGAGCAACACUUUUUCUGAUGAUGCAAGAGCUAUUCGGUUAAAGGAGAGGUCAUAUUUUGUUUAAUAAAUGAUAAUGAAUAUA